UCCCACUGACCAGUCGAAACCCGCGAAACACGCAACACAAUGGCCCUCCUCGCUCCGACCACUCGCUGCCUGUCGCGCCCUGCCAGCUCUUCGCGGGCAGCAGUUGCUGUGCCCCGCCUGCCCAUCCGUGCUCGUAAUGUUCGCGUGUUCUCCUCGACCGAGACUGACCCCGAGCUGAUGGGCGAGGCCGAGCGCAAGAAGCUCGAGGCGGAGAAGCUCCGUGCCGCUGAGAAAUUCAUGGUUAUCGGCUCCGGCUCCGCCACCUGCAAGGGCUGCGGUUACGAGUACAAGCCGGAGAAGGGUGAUCCUGAGUUCCCCGUCGCCCCCGGCACGACAUACCAGUCGCUGCCUGAGGACUACACAUGCCCCAUCUGCGGUGCCCCUAAGACCAAGUUCGAGUCCCGCGUGAAGGUGGUGGCGGGUUUCGCCGAGAACCAGCAAUACGGCCUUGGCGGCAACUCCAUGACCGAGGCCCAGAAGAGCGGGCUAAUCUACGGCGCUCUUGCGUUGUUCUUUGCCCUCUUCCUGGCUGGCUACGCGCUGGAGUAGAGCGGGCCUGUGGUGUGGUUCGCGCGUGUGAGGCGGGCCAGGCGGGACGGGCUGUUUGUGUGUGGUGUACUGUUGGUUGGAGGGGCAAGCGCAGGGUUGCAAGGUGACGGGGCCAUUCGUAAGAGCGGAGUGAGCACAUGGACUGAUAAGAGGGUAGACAGGUAGUAGUAGAUGUGGAGGAAUGCACGCGGCAGGACUGCAUGUGGAGACGCGCCGUGACCUCGAGCGUGGCAGAGCGGACAGGCGGCCGGCAAGACAGUAGCAGCAGCAGGACAAUGGACUGACUCACAGAGCUUAGUACUUCCUGACUUCAAGUGACGGCAAAAGACACACGUGGACAACUUGGACAAGAACACAAACCGUUGUGAGUUUUGCACUGUGAGUGUGCAGUCGAGUACCGGAGCCGCUGAGUAUGUGCGCGGCAUUUUUACCCCCGGUGGCUGGGCGUGGUGUCGGCAAAACAUAGCAUACUGGCAUAAACCAGUUUGUCUUCGUCUCGGGAUGAGCGCUGUACAGUGCAAAGUGAAUGGCUUCUUGUUUCGCGCACUCAUCAACAUGGCGCAUGUUGUUGGUCUGAAGGCUGUAACGCCUCGAUUCG